CGCGACGCCCGCGAAGCCUGGAGCCCGCUGCAGCCGCCACCGGAUCCCGGGAUGGGACGAGAGACUGCGGAGGAAGCCAGCAUCUCCCAGCCUGGAGCUCCGGGGGCCGCGGAGCCAACGCCGCCGCCGCCGCUGUUGCCUCUGCUGCUGAGACCAGGCUGGAGAUGGGUGAGUUGACACUGGCGUCCCGGGGGACCCGCGCCACAGUCCCUCCAUCCACGCACUCCUGGCCCUCCGCCUUGAACUCCGCGCUGCCGGCACAAUCCCCCCCACCCUCACGCCUUCAGGGCUCCCACAGCCCCUUCCCUCCCUGAGCAUGACCCUAGGGGCGGGAGCGGGAACCCCGGGCCCGGGGGUUGGGGGCUUCGAGACAGGGAGGUGGGGGCCGGAUACCAGGGAGACUAUUGGGCUCCCACUCCCACGCCCAGGCCCAGCUGGGCACUGUGAACGGACGGGAGGGGGCUCCGGUGGGGGGUGGGGCGGGGUCCGGAGCUGCCAAGCCAGGCGGGAGCCAGCACCUAUGCUCGCCGCGUUCCGGCCUGCCUUUGGCACCCCUCUCACCCCACACGCCCCUCCCGGGGGGCCCUUUCCGCGCGCCGCGUCCCAGGGUGCAGCCUGGCCGCCGUGCCUGGACCGUGGGAAGGGGUGGAGGUGGGGCCGGGACGCGGGGCUAUGGGCCGGGCGCGGGGCCGCGAUGCCCGCGAUGCCGGGCGCAUGCCUCAGCCUCUGCCCGAGCCCGAGAUGGGGUCACAGACUGCAGCAGACACCAGCAUCUCCCCGCCGGGGCCUCGAGGACUGGGCAGCCAUCGCCGCCAUCGCCGCCGCCGCUGUUGCCUGCGCUGCUGAGACCCGGCUGGAGAUGGGAGCAGAUAAGAAUCCUGAGGAAGACUCUAUAUCCAGGAUUUGCGACACACCUGGUCCUGAUGAUUCAUGGUCUACAUCAGCUAGCCAAGACUUAGAUUUUGGUACCAAGAGAGCAAAACGUGGCACUGUGAAACCAGAAGGGGGAACCUUAUCUGAGGACAACAAUCCUGAUUCUGAAAAUAAAGAUAUGGCUGAAACCCUUUCCAAACCACCAGUCAGAGUUUACGGCGAUCCUCUUCCUGUUUUACCAUCAUCUAAAUCUCUUCUGAAACCUUCUCCAAGACGUUAGCUGUCCUUGGUCUUGCAAAGGAAGCCUGAGAAGGGUGUCCAGUACCUCAUCGAACGUGGCUUUGUGCCUGACACGCCAGUGGGGGUGGCCCACUUCCUGCUGCA